GGAAGACAGAAAUUACGAGUAUAUAGGGAAUUGGGAAUAAAUUUAAAAUGGAAAAUCUGAAAUAUCAGAUAUUGAUUGUUUCAUGUUUGAACAUAGGCCAGAUUAUAGUUGGAUAUAGCGUUGGCUGGUCUGCACCAAUUAUACCUAAAAUGAAGGAUGUCUUGGAUAAUCCAUUACCAGAACCAAUCACGGAUUUAGAGGCUUCCUGGGUGGGGUCACUUUUGUAUAUUGGUGCUUUGGUAGGUCCAUACGUAACUGGGGUACUAGCGAAUCUCAUUGGAAGAAAACCAUGCUUGAUCAUUGGCGGUUUCUUGAAUAUCCUCUCUUAUAUCUUGGUGGUGACUACAAAGAAUAUUGGCAUGGUGUAUGCGAUCAGAGUCAUGAGUGGUCUUGGUAUGGGGAUCACUACUGUGGGAAAUAUUGUUUAUAUUGGAGAAAUUGCAUCAACCCAUAUUCGAGGGAUUCUUUUAACUUCGACAUCUAUAAUUGGGAUAUCGGGGACUCUCCUCGUUUAUGCGGUAGCGCCAUACGUUUCGUAUGUAACUACAGGGUACAUAGCUCUGGCAAUAUCCACACUGCAUGUGUUUGGGCUAUUUUUCGUACCUGAAUCCCCAAUAUAUCAUGCAAUGAAAGAAAAUGAAUUAACUGCUACAAAGACUCUCUGUCUUCUGGGACGUUCCGAGGAUGUCAAGAAAAGUUUGGACGCUCUCAAAAAACAAGAAGAGACGACAAAAAUCCAGGAUUGGAUGGAAAUCUUCACAAUAAAAUCAAAUAGGAUGUCCUUAUUCAUAACAUUUACUCUGGGAGCAUUUCAACAAUUGAGCGGUGUGGCUGUUGUACUAUUUUUCGCAACAACCAUUUUUGCUCAAGCCGGGUCAUCUGUGGAGCCCCAUGUAGCGACAAUAAUAGUUGGUGUUACAAGAUUGUUGUCCAGUUUAAUUGCGCCUACAUUUAUAGAUCGAUCGGGCCGGAAAAUCUUGUUGUUGAUUUCAAUGGCCGCAUGUGCUCUUAGUCUGUCAGUUCUAGGAGUAUACUUCUAUUUGGAUAGAGUGAAUAACGCUGCAGUACAGACUGUCGGUUGGCUUAUGCGCCAUGGGGUGGAAAUUAAAAUUUUGUUUCAUUUCAUUUUCAGUCAGUUCUAGGAGUAUACUUCUAUUUGGAUAGAGUGAAUAACGCUGCAGUACAGACUGUCGGUUGGCUUAUGCGCCAUGGGGUGGAAAUUAAAAUUUUGUUUCAUUUCAUUUUCAGUCAGUUCUAGGAGUAUACUUCUAUUUGGAUAGAGUGAAUAACGCUGCAGUACAGACUGUCGGUUGGCUUAUGCGCCA